AUGAGUUAUGUUUCUCCAAAUCAUCACUACAACUGCAACAGGGCAUGCAAUGGUGGCUUGAUCACUUCCAGCAAACCAACAAAACGGAGGUUGUGGUGGACGGAGUUGUCAUUCAAAAGUCUCCCAUCCAAGCCCAGACAUUUCUUCAUCAUUUCUCCCGGCUUCUUCUUUCUAGGACAGAGCUCAGUCGUUGAAACCUGUGACAGCAAUGACAGCGAGAAUAGCGAGGACAACGAGGACAACGAGGACAAUGAGGACAACGAGGGAUCUAAGAUGGGUAUUAUUUAA